CUUCCCUGAUAUUCUCCCACACCCUACCCCCGGAGUGGAUACCCAAUCGAUGCUUAAUUUACCGAGUUACGUACGCAUCCUAUGGAUUACCUUAUCCUAAGCUGCUAGUGCAAUCCCAGGGUGUGAGCCUAGAGUAUAUAUGGCCCGUUAUCCUGCCCCCGCCCAGAAUGAAACUAUCUUGGGUCCACAGCCGUGACCAGCACAAUCCUACCAGGCACAAAACGCCCCUCACACCCUCUUAAUUUGUUCCUCAGCACUGCUUCCCCAUGUUCCCACCUGGAUGCGGCAACGACACACUAGUCGCAGGCCAAAUAUAUUUCAUUAGCCUGUUCGGCACGAACGAAAUGCUCACAGCAGAAGGGGAAGAGCUUCGUCUCAAGGAAUAUCAGGAGGAUCAAUGGGAGCAAAUGUGGGUCUGCGAAGUAAACCUAGAAAAUCGCUAUGGAAUGAGGAACAGACGCACAGGAUGUUUCAUGGGCCGGAAGAAGCACAACCGGUUCGCCUGUUCGGUACGUGAGCACUUAGCUUGGGAGUGGUUAAUCUUCACGCGGCUUGGUCUUGGUGGGUAUUCAAUGAUGGUGUGCCCCGACGGCAGUCAUAAGCUUGGGCCGCUCCAACGCAUCAGCCGCAACGAUAAACAUUUGAUGGUUGGGGAAGCCGGCACCCAGUUCGGCCUCCAUCUGCUCAAGAACCCGGUAUUCAGGCGGCUUGAAUGGGUCGUCCCUAACCGCCUCGCGCGCUCUUCGGCGCCAUACUAUGAUGGCGAGGAUUCCGAUGAGAGUAUUAACGAAACCUCUAUUGAGUUCCUUCACAACUAUGGCAUACAGAACAUCAUUAGCCUGAAUUCCGUUGAGAUAUCACCACGGGAAAAAGGUAGGCUCCGCGCUGCCAAGAUCUCAUACUCGCACAUCAAGGCGCUAGAGUGUACCGCACCCACACAAGAACAAUUUGAUCAGAUCUGGAAUGCCUAUGAGAAAGCGGGGGUUACGAUUGUCUACUGCGGGUAUGGGGAUGGGAGGACUGGGAUGGCUAUCAGCGCAAUUCAGCUCUUCGAAGGUCGUGCUCUCAGCGACCUUAAUUACAGGGCGAACGGUGUGCAGUGCCGCGGUCAGAUAGAGGCAUUAAAUGUAUUAAGCGAGAGAAUUCAUGGGCGAGUCUCCCUUCCAGACAGAGUCGCAUUGCCUACCGGCAUACUGACCUUUGCUCCAAAUAGUGUCGAAAACCAUAGCGACUCACCCGAUACCCCCGACAUCCAACCCCCACCAUAUGGAGAGCCUAAAAAAGAGAAGUGAUAGGACGCAUUGCGAUGGGGUUAUGCGGGGAUAGUGGGAUCAGAGGGAGUGCGUAUGAUAUGUGGAGGUAUCCCAAUGGGGUAAUUGGAUGGUGUAGGAAUCGCGCGAUUUAAACCGGAAAGGCGAUCGGGGUGAGGAAACGGUAAAUGCAUGACUUUGAUAGAGGUGGUGAAACCGGAUGACAGUCGGGAGGAGUCUGCAGAGCACUGAGGCAUCAAGGAAGAGGAUUUUGUUCUAAAAAAAGGGACUAUGGAAGGCCGGGAUUUGAGGUGUACUCUAGGUACUGCGCGGCUAUAUAUUGUAUCUCGGGAAUUCAAAGUGUCUAAACAAACUUUGGUGGAAUCAAUAUCCCAGAUACAUGUGUCAAGAAUGUCAAGAAUAAGGAGUAGUAUGGAGCGAGGGUAUCGGUGGCGAUGGUGGCCAAAAUUGGCUGCAAAGCCUCUGAAUUCGAGAGCAUACUGCGUUGGGCUGCGUACCGGGGGUGGGGUCGUGGGUUAUGUAGAAGAAGGCUUGCGGCUUCGGGGUGAGCCACGAGGAUCCAGUCGAUGACGGUAAUAUUCGAGGUAUGUCUUCUGAAUGCAAG